AUGCCAAAUGAAUCAGGCACAACGAUUUCCCUACCAUCGUCAACGGGUGCAUUGCUUUUCCCCGUUGAAGAAGCCCGAAACCCUGUCGAAGAGAAUGACAUGGAUUUGCUGAUGGCCCGUCUCAUCUGCACACAAAUACUGAUGCCAAUCGUCAGUUUUGUGGGGAUCGCAGGUAAUGUUCUGAAUAUUGUCGUGCUGACAACAACCACAAUGAGAUCUUCCACUUCCUGUUAUCUGUGUGCAGUGGCCGUUUACGAUCUCCUGUACAGUCUCACAGGCCUACCUCUGACAUUACGCACGUACGCCUCACUUGAAAUGUCCGCCACCUACAUGAACGCCUUAACUUACAUUCUACCGCUUGGAAAUAUGUGGAGCAACAUAACCACCUGGUUGACCUGCGCUUUCACGAUUGAGCGAUUUAUCGCCAUUUCGACGCCGAUUCGAUCACGGAAGAAUAGCUCCAUCAGACGAACCCGGUUCAAUAUUGUCUUUGUAAGCCUCAUCACCGCCCUUAUAACUCUGCCCGAUUUCUUUGAGCGGAAAAUACACGAGGCUUGGAGGACUUGUUACCAUGACUUGAGGCAAAGGACACCCCCAUCCGGACCCGAGGACAAAUGCGUGGAGGUUUUCUAUGCCUUUGAGCCUACUUGGAUUGGCGAGCAACUCGACAGGUUCGGUUGGUCAUAUGCAAACGUGGCUCUCUUUGUCUUCAUUCCAUUAAUUAUAUUGGCUAUUUUCAACGCCCUCUUGAUAAAAUCAGUAAUCCAGGCCCACCAUGAGCGAGACAAGAUGUUGGCAAAUUUAGCCCAACUCAAGUUUGACAGAAACGUACAGCUGGAACCGAUGGAGAGAUCUGAGCCAAUUCGCAGUGAGCUCGUUUGGCGCAAAUGGUGGAUUACUCGACAAUUCGAGCGGCAACACUCAUCACGGGAAAACACCACAGGACCACUAAAGUACUCAAAAUCUCACAAAGAGACACAUUCCACCGAAAAUGCAUCCACCACCGAGACCACUAAGGGUGUCUGCGACACAACAAGCGAAGUAUUCACCCCCGUACCUUGUGAAAGCCAGUCUCGCGCGAAGACGCGUUGCUGUCGUUGCAGAAAGCGGAAUCCACAUCAAAAGAUCGAUAAUUCCUUGCUACGCUUGUCUUCUCAUCAAGACAAACAGUCCAUCACUAUCAUGCUGAUCGCGGUCGUCGUGGUCUUCUGCGUCCUCAGUGCCCCAAGCGCAGUUAUCCACAUUAUCAGGACAUGGUUCAAACCAUCGGAUGUUCGACUAAAGAUCUGCGGGAAUGUCUCAAACCUUCUUCUGAUGUUGAACGCAGCGAUGAAUUUUUUCCUCUAUUCCCUUUUUAGUGCCCGUUUUCGACAUUCUUUUCGCAUGCUUUUGAAAAGACGCCGGUGUUAA